AUGUCCGUCUAUUUGGACGUUGAGGCGCGAGAUCCCCAGGGUUUAAGCGUUGUCGACUACGUUGUGCGGUUCAGUACUGGCGAGGAAGUCAAAGCGUUGCUGAGGCUCGAGGCACAGCGGGCCCCCGGCCUCACAAAGCACAGGAGCGACGAGACCGAGGCCAGCGAAAACGUUGACCCGUGGAUCGACUCGAAGUAUAAUGGCGGCGAGUGGAUGAUGCUGUACCACGCAGCGUAUCUCGGGCGUGAUGACGUCGUUUCGAUGUCUGUUCAAGGCCGGGGCUGA